CCUGUUGGCAUAUUUCAGGAAUGGAGAUUGAUUAUUUCUAGGUUAUCGAUAACUAUAUAGCUAGUUUAAAAACAGCUGUUUCCAUUCCGGGUUUUUCGUAAACAUUUUAAAAAUUUGAAUUGCGUCUUAUUUAUGGAAUUUUGAUGUCUGGGGAUGCAAAUAUCACGCCUCAGUCCGGCCGAAGACCGCGACUGGGAUUGGGCAGGCGUGGUUGUCAAUCUACGCCCUUGAUGAGACACCAAAAAGAGGAAUCUUCUGUAAAUACACCUAAAACUGGAAACCUAGAGACCCCGAAAACUUUAUCUCUAUCCCUGAACGCCCGAAGGGUAGGAUUGUCAAAGAACAGAUCAGAAUUGACAAAGAAAAAGUUGGAAUUUGCUGUGGCGCAGGAAGUCAAGGAUGAGGAACAGGCAAAUUUGAAAAAGUCAUCAAAAAGAGAAAAUAUGAAGUCGGAUAAAAGAAAGGAUUCUCAAGAGGAGCAUGAUGAGGACCUUAAAAAGACGCAGAAUCCCAAGAACAAACAGCUGGAAGACAGUCCAAAAAGCAGUCAAAUAACAGAGUUAAAAGGUGAUAUCGAAAUCUGGCGCCAAGCGUUUAGAGCUUCUGUGGACGAUCUACUAACGAUGGCGGAGCCAGGACUCUCGAAAAGGGAUUUACUCACCCAGCUGGGCAUACCACUCCAGAUGCUGCGCUACCUGGAGGAGGAUUAG